CUUCCUUUUUACUUCCGGAUGUGCAGGCGUGUUGUCUGUCAGACAACUGUUUUGCACAAUGAAGCUCGUUACCUGGAACAUAAAUGGCAUAAGGACUUUCAGAGGCGGCAUUAAAAAGGCUCUUGAUUCACUGGGCGCAGAUAUUAUCUGUGUUCAAGAGACAAAAGUGACAAGAGACUUGCUUGAUGAAAGGACUGCAAUUGUUGACGGCUACAACUCCUAUUUCAGCUUCAGUCGAGGACGCAGCGGCUAUUCAGGAGUUGCCACUUAUUGUAAGGACAGUGCCACUCCAUAUGCUGCUGAGGAGGGUCUCACGGGUCUGCUGACCAACCAUGAAGGGGCUGUUGGAUCCUAUGGUGACCAGUCUGAGUUCUGUAGCGAGGAGCUACAGCUUUUGGACAAUGAAGGACGAGCCGUUAUUACAAAGCACAGAAUCAUGUGUCAGGACCAAGAGCAAACUGUUACUGUAAUCAAUGUAUACUGUCCACGGGCUGACCCUGAAAAGCCGGAGCGAAAGCAGUUCAAACUGCAGUUCUACAAGCUGCUUCAGUGUCGUGCAGAAGCUAUACUGAAAGAUGGGAGCCAUGUGAUUGUUUUAGGAGACGUAAAUACAUCUCACAGGCCACUAGACCACUGUGACCCCAGUGAUAUCGAUGAUUUUGAUGAAAACCCUGGGAGGAAAUGGCUGAAUGCCUUUUUGCACUGUGGCAAACAGGAAGCUGAAAGGAAUGAGGAGGAACCUGAUGAAGAAUCUCAGGAAACGUCUACAGAUCCCAUACACGGUGGAACAUUUAUGGAUACCUUUCGCUAUUUCCAUCCAACUCGCACCAACGCCUUCACAUGCUGGUCCACUCUCACUGGAGCGCGGCAGACCAACUAUGGCACACGCAUUGACUACAUAUUUGCUGAUUGCCAGCUUGCGACAGAGCAGUUUGUGGCAGCAGACAUCAUGCCAGAGGUGGAGGGGUCAGACCACUGCCCUGUGUGGGGGCAGCUGAGCUGCUCUCUCCUGCCCAGCUCCAAGCCUCCUCCCCUCUGUACUCGCUACCUCCCAGAGUUUGCUGGCAAGCAGCAGAAGCUGUCCCGCUUCCUUGUUAAGGUGGAACAAAAAUCAAUUCAGUCUGAGCAGAGGGAUGCAUUACCUGGAUCUCAAGAAGAGGGGGAAAGGAGGGAGAAUUUAAACUCAUUCGGAGCUGGAAACAUUUGUGGUAAAAAGCGUGUAUUAACAUCAGACUCUGUUGUCGCAAAGGGGAAAAAAAACAAGACCAUAAAUACUUCUUCCAAGCCACAGGGCAGUCUCCUUUCGUUUUUCAAACCCAAACUAACAAAUGUCAUUCCCUCUACUGUAGCCCUUGCCAGGCAGUGUGAAAGUGGUGCUUUGGAAAGUCGACCACAGCUGUGCACCAGCAGCACAACAGAAACACUGAUUAAGACAAAACAUUUAACCCCACAGCCCAGGGAACCCAAUAAAGGUGCAUCGCUAGUGUUUUGGAAGUCAGUGCUUCAUGGACCUCCCCCCCCACCCUCCUGUAAAGUCCACGGGGAACCCUGUGUGCUCCGUACUGUGAAGAAGGAGGGGCCAAACAUGGGCAAGCAGUUUUUUGUUUGUGCCCGUCCACAGGGACAUGCCUCCAACCCCGAGGCUCGGUGUAAUUUUUUUGCAUGGGUUGAGAAUCGGAAGUGACAUGUUUACUGUAUGGAUCACAAGUUGUUCAUCAGUAAAACCUCUAACUCAAACAAGCACUGUUAGACUACUGUGUAGAUGUCUCAUCAUUUCACAGAUUUUAAUUGUUGAUUGUGUUUUGUUUUUUUUUAUUUGAUUUUUAUUUGAAAUAAUAAAAGACAGUAGCUUUGUAUUA